UGAGCAAAAUUGAUGAUGCAGCUCACUUCCCAGCCACAGCUUAUACUUGUUCCUCGUCCCCAUAAAGAAGUUGGGGAACACCAGAAGUGUGUUUUGAAGAGCGAAAAAGUGUCCAUGGCUUCUUCCAUGUUUCUCUCUCCACUUUCUUGCCCUACUCCUGCUGAUAAUCGCGAGCUGAGCUCUCGAAUUAUACUCCAUAAAUCAACUUUCCUUCCAAGCCCCAAUUUCUUCUUUCCAACUUCUGUUCAUAGUCGCAGACCAAACGGCGUUCGAGGGUAUUGUUACAGGUCUCCAGUAGCUAAGUCUUUCGAGCAUAUACCCCAACAGUUCAGACAAGAAAAUCUCAAAGAUGGACUACUGAACAACUAUAAGAAUGCCCCUCAGUAUCUUUAUGGCCUUACUCCGUCACAGAUGGAUAUGUUCAUGACAGAAGAUAACCCAGCCCAGCGACAGUCAGGAAGUGUCACUGAAGAGAGUAUAUCUUCAUCCCAUAACUAUCUGAGCAAUGGUGGAAUGUGGAGUAUGUCAGGCAUGAAUAAACGAGGCCCUUCAUCAUGCAGCAUGAGUGUCAGCAUGUACGGAGGAGGAAGAGGAUCUGAUAGACCUGCAACUGCACCUCCUGAUUUGCCAUCUUUGCUUUUAGAUGCUAGAAUUGUCUAUCUGGGCAUGCCUAUUGUAGAAGCUGUUACAGAGCUUAUUGUUGCACAGUUUAUGUGGUUGGAUUACGACAAUCCAUCAAAGCCUGUAUACCUAUAUAUAAACUCAUUUGGUACCCAGAAUGAGGAAAUGGAGACUGUCGGUUCUGAAACAGAGGCAUAUGCCAUUGCUGACAUGAUGGGAUACUGCAAAUCAGAUGUAUAUACAGUAAACUGUGGAAUGGCUUUUGGUCAAGCAGCAAUGCUUCUGUCACUAGGAAAGAAAGGGUUCCGUGCUAUGCAGCCAAAUUCAUCUACCAAAUUGUAUUUGCCUAAGGUCAGCAAAUCCAGUGGAGCAGCAAUAGAUAUGUGGAUAAAGGCCAAAGAACUAGAAUCAAACUCAGAUUAUUACCUUGAACUAUUAGCACAAGGAACUGGAAAGCCAAAGGAAGAAAUUGAGAAAGAUAUCCUACGCCCUAAAUAUUUCCGUGCACUAGAGGCCAUUGACUAUGGCCUUGCAGAUAAGAUUAUUGAUUCAAGAGACGAUGCAUUUGACAAACGGAACUAUGAAGAGAUGCUUGCCCAAUCUAGAGCUAUGACGAGACCAGGGGGACCAGGUGCUCAAGCUGCUCCAUCCGGGUUCAGGUAACUGGAAGAGUGAUAAUGGUCCCGAACUUUCAGGAACAACUGAUGUUCCCAUCUAGUUUUGAGGAACAAAGUGGCUGGUUACUUUGUCUGUGCCCCCAUAGAGUAAGACUGGGAUAAAGCAUGUCUCUUACAUACCUUAUUUGUGUUUUAAGGUAUAUGAUUUUACGACUAUUAUGCACAGGUUUGGGAAAAAAUAUUUACAAUGAUGUCAAUUGUGUACCAGUAUAGAAUCAGAUAGUGAUAGUGCAUGGUAUAAAUGAAUAUAAAGCUCUCACGUCAUUUUCUUUAUAUUGUAUCGGAUCAUUUGUCAGUUCGGAGUUUUAGAUGUGCGGUUUAUUGUCGUA